AUGCAGCCGUUUGGCAGACACUAUGUGGUGGUAAGGCCUCUGUUUUCAGAGGAUUCCUUUGCAGAGCAACAUGAGAGGAUCAGCAGGAACCGCAAAACUCCACUGGACCAUCUGAGAAACUAUUUCACUUGUGAUUCAAACCGUGCAAAGAAUGCGGCUCUUUCACUUCUGCCCAUUAUUGGAUGGAUGAAAAACUACAAUAUCAAAGAAUGGCUGUUGGGUGACAUAGUUUCUGGCAUAAGCACUGGAUUAGUUGCAGUGCUACAAGGACUUGCAUUUGCUUUGCUGGCCUCCUUACCACCAGGAUAUGGACUCUAUACUGCAUUUUUCCCUGCGAUAGUCUACUUCUUUUUGGGCACCUCCAGACACAUCUCAGUAGGGGCUUUCCCCAUUUUGAGUCUAAUGGUGGGUGCUGUUGUCACACGGCUGGUGCCUGAUGAGGGACCUGCAGUAAACAUCACUGGAUUUGAAGGGUUGAGCAUUGAAGAGCAGAGAGUUAUUGUUGCUUCCACUGUUACUUUUCUCAUGGGGGUGUUCCAGCUCAUAAUGGGGCUACUACAUGUGGGCUUCAUUGUCAUGUAUCUGUCUGAUACUCUGGUGUCGGGAUUCACCACUGCAGCUGCUGUUCAAAUUCUGGUUUCCCAGCUCAGAUUUGUGUUGGGACUAGACUUUCCUGGUAGAAAUGGCCCACUCGCCAUUAUAUAUACCUUAGUGGACGUUUUCUCUCAAAUCACUAACACGAACGUGGCAGAUCUGGUGACAUCUGUUGUGAUCAUGGCAGUAGUGCUUAUUGUGAAAGAGAUCAAUGAUAAAUUCAAGUCGAAACUACCUGUGCCGAUACCUAUAGAGGUCAUCAUGACUGUUAUUGCUUGCGGAGUCUCCUUUGGAUUCAAUUUCGAAGAGAGAUUUGGCGUGGUCGUUAUUGGGGAGAUGGUAAACGGAUAUGAAUCUCCUAUUGCUCCAAAUCUGGAAGUCAUUGAGCAGAGUGCAGUGGAGGCUUUCCCUAUGGCCAUAGUAGGAUUUGCCGUGGCUUUCUCAGUAGCUAAAGUCUAUUCUGUCAAACACGACUACACCAUCGACGGAAACCAGGAGCUCAUUGCGUUUGGGGUGAGCAACAUGUUUGGGGCAUCUUUCCGUUCAUUUGCUGCCAGCACAGCCCUUUCGAGGACUGCCAUACAGGAGAGCACAGGAGGGAAGACGCAGAUAGCUAGUAUUCUAUCUGCCAUGAUGGUACUGAUUGUCACUGUAGCAGUAGGAUUCCUGCUUGAACCAUUACCCAGGUCUGUUCUUGGUGCCCUGGUGAUUGUUAAUCUGAAAGGUAUGCUGAUGCAGGUCAAAGAGUUGCCAUUCUUAUGGAACAAUGAUCGGCCUGAUUUUGUUACCUGGGUGGUGACCUUUGUAGCAUCUAUUAUCCUGGGGUUGGAUCUGGGGUUGGCUGUGGGCAUUGUGGCAGAAUUGUUCACUGUGGUCUUCAGGGCUCAAUUCCCACGAUGCUCUCUCCUGGCAAACAUCACUGGAACUGACAUCUACAGGGAUCGCAAAGACUACCUCUCAAUUUAUGAACCUGAAGGAGUUAAAAUAUUCAAAAUACCCUCACCCAUCUUCUUUGGUAACAUUGACUUCUUCAGAGAUAAACUGGUGAAUGCUGUCGGUUUUAGUCCCUUAAGAGUUUUGAAGAAAAGGAGCAAAGCCCUGCGAAAGAUCAGAAAAAUGUUGAUUAAUGGAGAACUGCAGGUGUCUGACAGGGGCCUUCAGAUAACACAUCAACCAUCUACUGACAGUUCAGAAGAUGAAAGCAACAUAGAGGGUCUGGACCAGCCCAUAGACAACUCAAAUCUUCCCAUCCAGGUGAACUGGAACGCAGAACUCCCUGCCAACAUCUGUGUCCCUCCUGUGAACAUCCACAGUUUGGUCCUGGACUUCUCUGCAGUCACGUUCCUUGAUAUAGCCGCACUCAAGGGCCUUAAAACGACCCUGAAAGAGUUUAUAAAAAUUGAGGUGGACAUCUACAUUGUUUCCUGCGAUGUGUACAUCAUGGAGAAGCUUCAUCAGUGUAAAUUUUUUGAUGACGCCAUUAAUACGUCGAUCUUUUAUCCCACACUACAUGAUGCCAUGUUGCAUAUUCUGCAGAUACAUCCAGAUUAUAGACAAGCAGAAAAGGAUAUACGCAUAAGCAUUCCAAGAGUCAGCAUAACUGUGUGAAGAAGAGGAAAUUGUGGUCUGAAAAUACUGCUGAAAUACCUCUUUAAAUCAUGCAGGAAAGGUUGCAAACUGUAUGGACAAAGAGGGAUCACAGCACUUUAUAUAUCUUAGCCUUACCAGUGGAUAGAUAUUAAAUUUGAUUAAAUGUAUUACUGCAGCUUGGAGAAGCACACAUUCAUUGUUACCAUGGUUACUGGUGAUUUACCCCGCCCCCAAUAUUUAUACCAUGAUUAAUGGAAACAAGUAAAUGCUUCACGCUACAAGAGUCCACACCAUUCCAAAGAAGAUGAAUAUAAUGUGUGCUGCAAAGCAUGCUGAGGCCAUUGUUAUGUUCUUUUUAUAUAUCUUGUCUGUUACGGUUAAAUUGCAUAUUUUAAUCUUUUGUGUACAAAAUGUAAUAAUUCAUAAAUUUCCUCUUGUGGAGAGAUAGACAGACCUACACCAGAAUUAUGUAUUACUUAACAUUAACAAUAUGAAUUUGCAAUACACCUUUAUAUAAAAAAUCCUUUCAUGUAAAUAUGAGAUUUUUGCAAUACAUGCUUAAACUAGGUAAAAACCUACAUUAUGUCUGGUAUUCAUUUUGCAACAAAAUUAAGUGAUAUGUCUGGUGAGAUAAAUAUGGAGACACUUAUUAUGCACAUAUUUUUACAAAAUAUACAUGUGCCUUGCAUUAUGUGUUUUGUGAACAUCCCUCAACACAUCAGCAAAAG